UUUUUAAUUACCCUUCCUUUUUUAUUAUUUAUUUUUUUAUUUAUUUGUUAUUCCCUAAUUACCGAGGACAAUAAAUACCCCUCCUUUGCAGCUAUUAACAAAAAACUUUGCACCUUUCUGUUGUAUUGUGUUGUGUUGUUUCAUUCACAAAACAACAAAACACGUAGCUCUCUAGUGUUGAGAGAGUACUAACUCAGAAAGAAGAAUCAUGGUGAAACUUUUCUGGGUUAGCAUUGUAUUAGGAAUUGUUUUCACCAACUUGAUUGAUAUUGAUGCCUAUCACAUCAAUGAAACUGAGUUGUCUCUAUUAGAGGCUCAUGAAGCUUCAUUUUCCUUAGUUGCUACUAAUCCUCACAUGGUUGGAAUUACCAUUAUUCAUUCUGCUGCUGCUAAAGGGGCUGUAUGCUUGGAUGGAACAUUGCCUGCUUAUCAUUUCGAUCGAGGACACGGAUCAGGCGCAAACAACUGGCUCGUUAAUUUAGAGGGAGGUGGAUGGUGUAAUAACAUUAGAACAUGCGUAUAUCGCAAGACAUCAAGGCAUGGAUCAUCAAAAUUAAUGGAAAAAGCGAUAGCUUUUACAGGAAUAUUAAGCAAUAAUUUUCAUGAAAAUCCAGAUUUUUUUAACUGGAACCGAGUGAAAAUUCGUUACUGUGAUGGCGCCUCUUUUACUGGGGAUAGUAAACAUAAGGCUGCGCAACUGCAAUUCAGAGGACAACGCAUAUGGUUGGCUGCAAUGGAGGAGUUGAUGUCAAAGGGAAUGCGAUAUGCCAAUCAGGCUCUUCUUUCUGGAUGUUCAGCGGGUGGUCUGGCUACUAUUUUACACUGCGAUGAUUUUCGAGAUCUAUUCCCGAGGACUACUAAAGUGAAGUGUCUUAGUGAUGGUGGAUUAUUUCUUGACGCUUUUGAUAUAGCUGGUGGGCGUACCCUCAGGAAAUUUUUCAAUGGUGUUACAACAUUACAGAGAGUAAAGAAGGAUCUUCCACAGACAUGUACUAAUCAUCUUGAUCCCACUUCGUGCUUCUUUCCUGAGAACUUAAUUGCCAGUAUAAAAACACCACUAUUCCUUCUUAAUUCUGCAUAUGAUUGUCAACAGAUCCAGGCAAGCUUAGCUCCUCCAAAACAAGAUCCUCACGGCACUUGGCGUGAUUGCAGAUUAAACCAUGCUAAAUGCAAUGCUUCACAAAUUGAAUUUCUACAAGGAUUCAGGAAGCAGAUGCUGAAGGUUGUAAGAGGCUUCUCAAGAUCAAAUAAAAAUGGAUUGUUCAUAAAUUCAUGUUUUGCACACUGCCAAUCUGAGAGGCAAAACACAUGGUUUUCUGACAACUCUCCUGUCAUUGGAAAAAAAGAAAUUGCUGUGGCCGUCGGAGACUGGUAUUUCGACCGCACAGUUGUUAAGGACAUUGAUUGUCCUUACCCUUGUGAUAAAUCAUGCAACCAUUAGUUUUCAGAUGAACUAAAUUAUAUUCUCAUCUGCAAUUACGGAAUAUACUAUUCAGUUAAUGAUCCAAACAAUAAAAGAAAAUUGUUGCUGAAAAGUGAAAAUUCAAUAAGCCUCUUCCAUGAGUUAAUAGUUAAGGAGAUAGUUUUUAUUUUUAUUUUUAUGUAUAGGUCAAUUAGUUGGGAAUGCUAAGGCAAAUCUUUUGAUUUUUACAAAGUUUGGGAGAUGUAAUAUAGACUACAAGAAUUUUAUACAAUGUAAUAAGGUGGGCAUUGACAGUUAUUUGUAAAAUUCAUUCGGGAUUAUUUAUGAAACAAAAUUAAUGAGAACAGAAUUGAGAAGAACACUAAUUUACGUUUUCAUUGUCGAGGAGAAUGUCG